AUGCUUCGUCGAAUAACGAGGAACAUAUCUCUAUCUAGCGCUGCAGCAACACGCUUUACUACUGCUGCGGCUUCGGCUACUACUACAUCAGCAUCGGCGGGUGGAAAAUUGGGGAAGGAUUACUCUGAAGCGAAGGGACCGGUUGAGUUUCCCGUUUUGGAUCAACUUGUUGGGUACUAUGUGAACAUUCAAUCCCGUAAAAUGUACUACAAAGACUUUUUGCGAAUUGAACAUCAAGCUGUACGUUGGGCAUUUGCGGAUAUACGUAAAAACAGUGAAGCCCUUGCCCAUGGUCUUCUGCAGACUGGACUUCGCCCAGGUCAGCGAGUGUUGGCUAUUCAACCCUGCAAUUGUGAAACCUUUGUACUGCAAUUGGCUUGCGCAAAGAUAGGAGCUUUAUUGGCAGUGGUACCCCAUCAUAAUAUAAAUGCUGAUAAACUUCGUUUUUAUCUUAAUGAGUUUCAACCCAAUCAUCUUAUCGCUCGUGAAUGGAUGGUUGUACCAGAGAUGAAACAGGGAGUUUUGGUGGAACGCAAUAUGCAUUUUUGGGAUAUGAUUUAUAAUGUCAUUCCUGAGUUAGGUCUUUCUUAUCCAGGACAGAAGUUUCAAUGGGUACACUCCCAGGAAUUUUACUUUUUAAAGAAAGUGGUUAUUACAGAUCAUAAUAUGAAUUUACUUGGGGUAACACCAUUACGAAAAAUGCUUGUCUGGGGACCAUUUUCAUAUUAUGAACAACGUCUUCGUCGUCUCUCGGCAUUACUACACCCGGAUGAUCCUAUUCUUGCACUGGAAGAUUCUUAUCCAGGAUUAGAGGAUAAAUUACAUAUAACUUUCUCUCACCGAAACUGCAUUAAUGCUGGAUUUAUGUUCGCCCAACUUAUGAAACUUAAAGCAGAAACACGGUUUGGUGUAAUGCCUAAUCAUCAUACCAAUCCGGUAGGUUCUAUUAUUGCUCCAUAUGCUGCCUUAACAUCAGGAGCUGUUCUUGUACAUAUUCACAGUGAUAUGUUUACAGAUGAUCAUGCAAUUAAUGGAAUUGAAAAAUUAUGUGUAGAAGAGGUAGAGGGUAUUCUCGGAAAGAAAGCCGAUUUUGAUCUUUUACUUCGUCACACUGGAAAUUUUGACGCUGAUCAGUAUGAACAUCUUAAAUGGAUUGCACUCUUUGAAGAUGCUAAUGAACCUCCUGUAGGUAAAGAUUACCUUCAAAAAUUAGCAAAAGAACUUAGCCUUGAUGAUGUGUUUGUAUUUCGAGGACCGUUGGAGAGUGCUUAUAUGCUUACAUGGCGCUCAUUAAAACGGGGAGAAUGUGGAAUGUUACCACACACAGAGGCAAAAGUUGUGGGAGAUCGCGGAACGACUGAUGCUAAGAUUCUUUCUGCCAAUACACGAGGGAACUUAAAACUUAAGGGACCACACAUUUCAGCUGGAUACUACAAUAACGCUGGUCUCUUAACAGAACUGGUAGAUGAACGUGGCUUCUGCAAUACCAGUCGUGAAGCAGUUAUGGAUGAAAAGGGCCAACUCACACUUCAUGGAACCCAAAUAUACUAG